GCAUUUUUGCAGCUUGGGCCUUGAAACGAUGGCCUCGCUGUCACUUGCUUUGUGUGGAGCCUCUGCCGCCCCUGGUGACUCGCUUGAGGGGCAGCUUGAAGGAAGUUGGAGGAUCGACGCGAGCUGCCGUCGUGGCUGCGGCGCUCGGAUCCGAGGAAUCCCAGUCCUCCACUUUCCGCUACUUUCCCUGGGCGCCUGGGGAGUCGACGCGGAACGUCGAGGAGGCUGCUGCGCAGCAGAUUCGCCUCGCUGCUGCUGCCGCCGAGGCACCGGUCCCAACUCCGCCCCACUUGCUACCAGACGUGAACCUGGAGCCACUGGCAGAGAGCUUUCAGUGCCGAGUGUUGCGCCUGAGUUCCCUUCUGGAACCGCUGCGAAACAAGCGGGGCGGCAAAGCGAUGGUGGACCUCUUGAAGGUGGAUGUGGAGGGA